AUGGUCUCCUACAAGGAAAUCCAAGCCUCCAACGCGCUCAUCAACGACGCAACCGCCCCCCGCGUCUCCGUCUUCGUCGGCGGCACCUCUGGCGUCGGAAAGUUCACCAUCAGGGCCCUCGCUUCCACAGGCGCGAGCGUCAAGAUCUACCUCGUCGGGCGCAAGAGCUCCGAAGAGCCUACACGCGCCUUCAUCCAAGAGCUCAACACGAUCAACCCCAAGGCGCACAUCAUCUGGACCGAGGGCGAGGUCUCGCUCCUCGCCGACGUCAAGAGAGUAUGUGAAGGCAUAAAGGAAAAGGAAUCACGCGUCGACUUGCUGUUUCUCUCGGCGGGCUAUGCACCGUUUGGGACGCGAAAGGAGACGAGCGAGGGCUUGGAACUGUGUCAGAGCUUGGAGUACUACUCGCGGAUGCUCUUCAUCCUGCAUCUUCUUCCGCUCUUGCGCCAGUCGGAAGCCCCCAGGGUCAUCAGUGUCCUGGGAGGCGGAAUGGAGAACUCCAGGAUCAACAUUGACGACCCGGACCUCAAGCAGCCUGGGAACUUUGGCGCCAUGAAAGGCCAGAUGCAGUACAUUGCCAUGAACACCAUUUUCCUGGAGAAGCUGGCGAGCGAGAACCCCGACGUGACCUUUAUCCACUCGUGGCCCGGGUGGGUCGACACGGGCAACGCGAGGAGAGGCUGGGAUGAGGGCUCCAUCCUCGCCCGGGUCUUUGCCUUUGUCGUCGAGACGCUGAUUUACUUUUUUGGCUUCAGCCACGAGGAGUCUGGGCAGAGGCACUUGUUUGAAAGUACCAGCGCUGCCUUUGGUGGUCGCGGGAUCCCGUGGGGAGGCAAGCCGGGGGUGAAUUCGUUGGGCAAAGCAGAAAACGGGCUGUUUCUUGUCGACUACAAGUGCGAUUGCAGGCUGAAUGCCAAGGUCAUGUCGACGCUGAGAGAAAAGGAUCAGGGCAAGAUUUGGGAGCAUACCAAGAACCUUCUUCAACCAUACCUUUGA